AUGUCCUCACCUACAGCAGACGCCUAUCAUCACUGCCUAGAUUGCAACAAGAAAUGGGCCAAGGAAGUGGCAACUAAAGAUCCUAACUUCUUCCCAACAUGCUCCAAAGGUCAAGCUCCGCCAAUUCUUUGGAUCGGUUGCGCAGAUUCUCGGGUCCCUGAGACGACGAUUCUGAAUUGCAAGCCUGGCGAGGUCUUUACACAUCGGAAUAUCGCAAACAUCAUCAACAGCACCGAUAUCAGUCUGCUUUCCAUCGUCCAGUUCGCAGUCUUCCAUUUGAAGGUCAAGCACAUUGUCGUAGCAGGACAUACUUCAUGCGGAGGCGUCGCCGCAUCACUGGCCAAUACUAAGUUGGACAUCCUGGAUAUAUGGCUGCAGCCUUUGAGAGCGUUACGAGAGAAGUUUUCGGACGAGUUGGACGAUAUGGACGAGAAGGAAAGGGGGACAUUUCUAGCGAAGAAGAAUGUACAAGCCGGAGUGGAGAAUUUGAAGAGGAUUCCGACUGUGAUUGAUGCGAUGAGGGAGAGAGGAUUGGAUAUUCAUGGUGUGAUUUACAAUAUUGAUAAAGGGCUUUUGGAGGAGGUGGAUGAGCCGGAGGAUGAGAAGUAUAGUGUGAGGAGGGUAAAGGUGUUUGAGCGGAGAUAG